AUGGCCGACGAUCACAAUGGAGUCCCUCCAUUAGAGCUUGAGCAACAACAGAAAAAGCAUCACACCAACCUUGAGAUACCUGAUGAUGACGAGGAAAAUGAUUCCCCGAUUGAACAAGUCCGGUUCACAGUCCCGCCAACCGACAACCCGAGUUUACCAGUGCUGACAUGCCGGACAUGGAUUCUGGGAAUCAUAUCAUGCGCAACUCUGGCUUUUGUCAACACGUUUUUCGGGUACCGUCAGAACCCGCUGAGCAUCGGGUCGGUGGCGGCCCAGAUUGUGACUCUCCCACUUGGGAAGUUGAUGGCCUCUGCAUUGCCUGAUAAACAGAUUGGGUUUGGCAACUUCUCCUUCAAUUUGAACCCUGGACCAUUUAACAUCAAAGAGCAUGUUUUGAUCACCAUCUUUGCCAAUUGUGGUGCAAAUGGUGUCUAUGCUCUUAAUAUUGUCACCAGUGUCAAGGCCUUUUACCACAGGGAGCUCAACUUCUGGGCUGCUUAUCUUCUCUGCCAGACUACUAUGUUGCUUGGAUAUGGUUGGGCUGGAAUGCACCGGAAUGUCCUUGUUGAUUCUCCUUACAUGUGGUGGCCAGAGAAUCUUGUCCAGGUUUCACUGUUCAGGACAUUACAUGAGAAGGAGAAGAGGAAGAAGGGGACUCUGACAAGGCUGCAGUUCUUCCUGAUGUUUUUCGUCGCGAGUUUUGCAUAUUACCUUGUGCCAGGCUAUUUCGCGCCGACGAUUUCUUGCAUUUCCAUUGCCUGUUUGAUCUGGAAGGAUUCUGUGCUAGCCCAUCAGCUUGGUUCAGGUUUGAAAGGUCUGGGGCUCGGCUCAUUUGCGUUGGAUUGGAACACUGCUGUUAGCUUCCUAGGAAAUCCUAUUUCCACACCAGCAUUUGCCAUUAUCAACAUUCUGGCUGGUUUCGGCAUAUUUGUCUAUAUCGUCAUUCCAGCCGCAUAUUGGUCAAACAUUUAUAAUGCGACGAGGUUCCCGCUCUACUCAACAAAGACGUUCGAUGUAACCGGCCAAAAAUUCAACAUCUCCCGCGUCCUGAAUGAAGAAACCUUUCAGUUUGAUGAUGCUGGGUACAGAAGUUACAGCAAGCUUUACUUGAGUAUAUUUUUCGCCUUCAGUUAUGGCCUCAGCUUUGCUACUUUAACAGCUACCCUUUCGCAUGUUGGACUAUUUCAUGCAAAGACAAUAUGGGAGCUGACAUCAAAGACAACAAAAACGUUGAAAGGGAAAAUGGGGGAUGUGCACACCAGACUGAUGAAGAAAAACUACAAGGCGGUUCCUGCCUGGUGGUUUCACGCCAUGUUGGUACUGGUGUUCGGUCUUUCCCUCCUCUGUUGUGAAGGUUUUGGGAAACAGCUUCAACUUCCCUGGUGGGGGCUAAUAAUGGCAUGUGGCAUUGCCUGGUUUUUCACUUUACCAAUUGGUCUUAUUCAAGCCACUACAAACCAGCAACCUGGAUUGAAUGUCAUUACUGAAUUGAUCAUUGGUUUCAUCUAUCCCGGCAGACCUUUAGCCAAUGUGUCGUUCAAGACCUAUGGCUAUAUUAGCAUGACUCAGGCCUUAAUGUUUUUGAGUGAUUUUAAGGUUGGCCACUACAUGAAGAUCCCUCCCAGAUCGAUGUUCUUUGUUCAGUUGGUAGGAACACUGGUCUCAUCUUCUAUCCAGUUUUUAACUGGUUGGUGGCUGCUUACAUCGAUCAAAAACAUUUGCGAUCCUUCUUUACUCCCAGAGGGUAGCCCCUGGACCUGCCCCGGUGAUGAAGUUUUCUACAAUGCAUCAAUCAUUUGGGGAGUUAUCGGCCCGAACAAGAUGUUCACAAAGCAUGGAAACUACCCACAGCUCAACUAUUUCUUCUUGAUCGGCGCAUUGCUGCCAGUGCCCGUCUGGCUGCUCUCGCGCAAAUUCCCCGACAAGAAAUGGAUCCAGCUGAUCAACAUGCCCAUUAUCCUUGGAGCUACAUCAACCAUGCCGCCAGCAAGAUCCGUCAAUUUCAUCACAUGGGGAGCUAUCGGCCUCGUGUUCAAUGUUUACAUUUACAGGAAGUACAAGGCCUGGUGGGCUAGACAUGCUUAUAUCUUGGGAGCUGCUCUGAAUGCUGGAAUUGCGUUCAUGGGGAUCUUACUUUACUUCUCACUCAAUGCAUAUGAUAUUUCGGGUCCUGUUUGGUGGGGUAUGGAAACAACUGAUUAUUGCCCACUGGCAACUUGCCCUACAGAACCUGGAGUAAAAGUUGAAGGAUGUCCAGUUUUCUGA